AUGACGUCGCUAUUAUCGGAUUCUCUUUCCAAUUCCCUGGAGCCGAGUCCUCAGACUCUCUGGGAGCUCAUGGCCACUGGAAAAUGUGUGGCUUCUCAGUUUCCUUCGGACCGUAUCUCUGCUACUAGAUAUCAUGUUGUGGAUGAUUCGCGUCCUGGGACGAUCCGGCCACAAAAGGCUUGUUUUCUAGAAAGAGAUAUCAGUGCAUUUGAUGCCAAGCUGUUCGGCAUGACUCCAGAUGAAGCAGCAGGGACAGAUCCUCAACAAAGAAUAAUUCUAGAAACUACAUAUCGAGCUCUUGAAAACGCUGGGAUCCCUAUGCAGAAGGCCAAUGGUUCAGACACAUCUGUUCACACCGGUUGUUUUACUGCAGAUUACACUCUGGCAUCGGCAAAAGACCUCGAGAAUGCUCCAAGAUAUGCGGGGACAGGAAUGGCAGCCAGUAUGCUGUCAAACCGAAUCAGUACAUUCUUCAAUUUGAGAGGUCCUAGCAUGACUAUCGACACAGCAUGUUCGAGUAGUUUGGUAGCAUUAGACAUGGCCUGCCAGGAUCUCAGACAUCAAAGAACAUCAAUGGGAAUCGUUGCUGGAUGCAACCUGCUCCUUGGACCUGAUUUCUUUAUUACUCUGUCCAGUCUUGGAUUUGUGUCCCCAGACGGGGUAAGUCACGCCUUUGACAACAGAGCAAACGGUUACGGACGGGGGGAAGGUUUUGGUGUCUUGAUUCUGAAGACCGUCGAAGAUGCAAUCAAGGAUGGCGACACAAUCCGCGCCAUCAUCCGAGUGACAAAGACAAACCAAAAUGGCCGGACGAGCCUUGCGCAGCCGAGUAAAGAAAUGCAAGCGAGUCUCAUCCAAGAAACCUAUCGUGAUGCCGAGCUGAAAACGUCACUGACUCGUUUUUUUGAGGCUCAUGGUACCGGAACCGCGAUAGGUGACCCCUUGGAAGCUAUGGCAAUUGGCAGCACAUUUGGACCUGGAAGAGAUUCGGAUGAUCCUGUUAUCGUAGGUGCAGUGAAAGCAAACAUUGGACAUCUAGAAGGCGCAGCGGGAAUUGCCGGGAUCAUAAAGACAAUCCUAGUGCUGGAAAGAGGUCUCAUUCCACCAAUUGCAGAGUUACAGGAUCUCAACGACAAAAUAGAUGCCGAAUUCCUGAAAUUAAAGUUCCCAAGGGCGCUGACACCAUGGCCGCGGGAGGGUUUACGCCGUGCUUCCAUUAACAGUUUUGGUUUUGGUGGUACUAAUGCGCAUGUUGUACUAGAUGAUGCAUUGCACUACCUCAAGGGUCGUGGCUUGGUCGCGAACCAUUGCACUAACGCGACACCUUUAGAACACAAAGUGAUAGAGCAAAAGCAUCUCCCAAAGCCUGACAUGGAGACAAAGGCUUUAGCCACCAUGAAGGGACCAAGGCUCUUUGUUUGGUCUGGACAUGAAAAGAGUUCAGUAACGCAAAUGGUUGAGUUGUAUCGGGUCUAUCUGAAGAAACUGCAAUCACAAAAUAUAGAUGGUCUUGAUACGUAUCACGACAUGUUGGCUUACACUCUGGCUCAAAGACGAAGCCUUCACAACUGGCGGAGCUUUGCGGUUGCCGAUUCUGUAUGCCAGCUUGUCGAGCGGCUGGUAACUCCUCGGCUCCCCAGUCAAUCAAGAACUAAUCCCAAAAGUGGAUUUGUUUUCACUGGUCAGGGUGCGCAAUGGGCUGGUAUGGGCAAGGAACUUAUUGUUUUUCCCGCAUUCAGAAAUAGCAUUUUGGCCGCUGAUAAGUUUCUUGCAAGCAUUGGCAGCGUUUGGAAACCCUCGGACUUCUUCUUUGAUGACGACGAGAUCCGAGCCAGAAUAAACGAGCCGAGAUUUUCUCAAAUCCUGUGCACAAUCUUGCAGAUUGCUCUCGUGGAGCUCUUGAGAACAUUCCACAUUCACCCAACAGUUGUGGCGGGUCAUUCCAGCGGGGAAAUCGCAGCAGCAUACGCUGUAGGAGGAAUUUCUAGGCAGUCUGCAUGGAAAAUCGCCUAUUUUCGUGGUCUUUUUUGCAGUGCGCUUGCCGAGUCUUCUGGCACAACACCGCAUGGUGCUAUGAUGGCUGUUGGGCUAUCCGAAUCAUCCGUGCAGCCAUAUAUUGACGAAAUUCUUCAAGACUCGCCAGGGAGGGGUGUCUUGGUUGCGGCUUGUAUGAAUAGUCCAAAAAACACCACUGUAUCUGGUGACAAAUGUCUAAUAGAGCAGCUACAAGCGAAGCUUUUGGCCGAUGCAAUUUUUGCUAGAGUCCUCAAGGUCCCGGUUGCUUAUCACAGUCCACAUAUGCAUCGCAUUGCAGCACCUUACAGAGAGGUGAUCGGUAAGCUCGACCGUGGCGAGACACCACCAGUGUUCGCAACCAUGGUGUCAUCAGUGACUGGAGACAUCAUCCCUAUAAGCGAGCUGGUGAAAAGUGAGUACUGGGUCAGGAAUUUGGUAUCCCCUGUGCAGUUCUCUGCUGCUCUUGGACGAAUCUUCCAAGACUCGGCCAAGAAAGUUCAGAAGAAGUUUGAUCUAAGCCACCGCAGCGUUGCCUCGGUUUCUGACUUGAUUGAGAUUGGACCUCACUCCGCUAUGGAAGGACCAAUUCGUGAAAUCAAAGAAGCCACCGCUUCUCCUGCGAAGGAUGGAAUUUCAUACACGGCUACAUUGGAUCGUGGCAGAGCUGCAACUGAGACCAUACUAGAAGCGGCUGGAAAGCUUCAUUGUGUAGGGUUUGAUGUCAACCUCGGAAAUGUCAACGCUCCAUUCUUGGAACGUGACCCCUUUGAUCAUGCCCAUACAUAUUGGCACGAGUCACGUAUUAGCAAGAACAUUAGGCUGAAUCCCCAGCCAUAUAACGCAUUUUUGGGAUUGCCGGUGCCUGAUUGGAAUCCUCUCGAACCGCGAUGGCGUAAUAUCGUUAGGUUAUCGUCAAUGCCAUGGUUGGAAGACCAUAAGGUUAACGGCGAAAUUCUAUUCCCGGCUGCUGGCAUGAUGGUCAUGGCAAUGGAGGCUAUAAAACAGAUAUCCACCGAACAAACUAUCACCGGCUUCGAGUUCAGAGAGAUAGGUAUCCUGAACGCCCUCAUGAUCUCCCAAGACGACGAAGGAGUAGAGGUCUUAUUCCAUCUCAAACCUUCAUUCGAUUCAAUAAGCAAAACAAACUCUUGGGCAACAUUUUCUUUAUAUGCAUACCGUGGCGAAAACUUCAUAGAAGUGAGUCGAGGCUCUAUUAAGGCUCUCUCAGCCUCUCAAAUCCAAUCCGACAUGGAGCACGCGCAGAACUCUCACGUUCAUGAAUUGCUGUCCUCGGCAAAGAGUUCAUGUCUCACGGAAACUAGUUCUGCCGACCUGUAUGCGGAUCUUGAGAAGAACGGAUACCAAUACGGACCGGCCUUUCAAGGAAUCGAAAGUGCGCGACGAGACAAUUGUGGCCAGGCGCUUGGGCGGGUCUCCACGAACAAGUUCCUCCACGCUGAUACCUCUCUUGAUGCAAACAUCCCAGAUAUCCAUCCUUGCACUUUGGACUCCAUUCUCCAAGUCUGUAUUCCAGCGGUAGCUUGGGGCAACAAUAACAGAACGGCGACUUGGGUGCCCACUUUCAUCAAAAAGGGAUGGCUUGCCAGGUCUGGAUUCAAGGCCUCCGAGCAAAAUGACAUGCUGUAUGUCCAGUCGUCAACAACGAGCAGAGGUACUAGGUUGGCAGAAGCAGAUCUAAAUGUCGUGGACACAAGUGGAAGCAAUCUGUUAGGGCAAGCCGAAGGCAUUGAGAUAACCUUAGUCGCUGAUGAAGACCAAGUCCAUGGGGGAAACUCUUCUUCAACUGUCAGGAGACUAUGCUGGGAUAUGAUUUACAAGCCAGACCCAACUCUACUUGGCACUGAACAGCUGUCGCAGUAUGCUAUCGAAAGUCUCAAGCCGGAGACUGGUCCGACCGAGCUGAUUCAAGCUCUGAAAUUGUACAUUCUAGCAUCGAUUUCUAGAGCAAUAAACGAAGUGGCUGGUUCGGACAUCCCAACACACCACAUGCAUCUUCAAAAGCAGUACGCUUGGUCCCAAACAAUGAUUGAUACAGCAAAUCGACAGCCUCCCUCUGACAUAUCUUACACAUGGCAUGAUUACAUAGAGGAUACUCAAUACAACAACCUUUGUGAUCACGUCAAAGAAAUAGGAGGUCGACUCGGUGACAUAUAUGUUCAUUUUGGUUCUCAUCUGACAGACAUGCUCCGCGGACGGGUGGACGCCUUGCAAGUCCUGGUACCGGACAACAGACUCAAGGACUAUUACGAGCUAUCCAAUAAUUUGGGUCAGUUUUUCAACCCCAUGCAGCGUUAUGUGGAUGCCAUGGCACAUAAAAAUCCGGGUAUGAAAAUCCUAGAAGUUGGAGCAGGAACUGGAGCUACAACAAGAUUUAUGCUGGACACGUUGGCAUCGCGAACCCCAAACGGUGUCUACAGUCGGUUCUCACGAUAUGAUUUCACUGAUGUCACUGGAUCUUUCAUUGAAAGCGCAGAGAAUGAGUUUGGUAGCAUACCAAAAAUGAACUUCGGGUUAUUCGAUGUCGAAGAAGACCCGGUGGGGCAGGGGUAUGAAGAGGGCAGUUAUGAUUUGAUUGUGGCCGCUAAUGUUGUACAUGCCACGAAGUGCUUGCGAAAAACACUAUCAAACAUCCGCAAGCUGCUACGAGAUGACGGCAAGCUCAUUCUUAUUGAAAUCACUGCAACCACUACCUAUCCGCUAACACAAUAUCUCUUUGGCUUUCUACCUGGGUGGUGGCUUAGCACAGAACCCUGGCGACAGGACGGGCCUUGCGUGACGCUGGAGAGAUGGUCCGAGGAGUUGGAAGCGAGUGGAUUCAAUAAAUAUCAUUUGGCUUUACAUGAUUUUGAAGUCGAGGAUAAUCAAGUCACCAGCUUACUGAUCUCCUCGGUCAAACCACCAGUCAACAACUCCACGGGGAAAUAUGCGGCCGUUAUUGACAAGACUGCGCUAGUCAUCACAGGCUGGGAAGAGCCAUCUCUUGAGUCUUUCCUGUCGGAGUUGGUAAAAUCGAGAAUGGAGGAGAUGGGAAUGCGUAGUGUACGGCCAAGCAGCUUCCGGGAAGUUGGAGGCCUAGUGGACCUUGAAGACAAGCUUGUUCUAAUUGUUCAGGACCGAGCAUGGUUGUCACUUGAACACCUUGAUCCAAGAGAGUACUACCUAUUCAAUACGACUUUAGCCCGUGCAAGGAACAUCCUGUGGGUUUCGGAAGCGUCUCCUCCCACAGCGGCGCACGUCUCACCAAUUGGUCCCGUCACAGGCAUCGCUAGAGCGUUAAGGUCUGAGAAGCAGAACAUAUUGUUCGGAACUGUUACUCUCUGCACCUCUUCUAGUCCAACCGUUCUGUCUCUUAAUGUUGAGAGAGCGGUGCAGAAUUUUUUGCAGGGUACCAGUUCACAGACCUACGAGCGGGAGCUGGUUCAAGUAGGCGACUAUCUGUGCAUACCUCGUAUAUACGAGAACGGUGAGCUCAACCAGAAAGUUCAUGACUUUACAUUCGCAUCAUUUAAACCGCAACAGCGCUUCGGGGAACAAAAUCUGAAGCUUCGUGUACGACGGCCAGGUCUACUUGAUAGUGUCUAUUUUGAAGAGGUCCCCGAGGCUGGACCCCUUGGCUCCGAUGAGAUCGAAGUCGAGGUAAAGGCCAUUGGCGUCAACUUUCGAGACUGCCUGAUUGCUCUUGGGCGCAUUGACCAAGACAUUUUGGGCACUGAAUGUGCUGGUUUAGUCCGUCGUGUCGGCUCUGCAUGUCAGCUGAGGCCCGGAGACCGCGUGAUGGUGGGAGAUGUCGAUACAUACCACGGAGUGAUCCGAUGUAAAGAGAUUCUAGCUGUGAAGAUGCCGGAAGAUAUGAGCUUGGUCGAUGCGGCUUCAGUGCCCACGAACUUUGUCACCGUCUACCAUGCGUUUGUCCGAGUUUCCAACCUCCCUCCUGGUGAAUCAGUCCUUAUUCACUCUGGUGCGGGAGGAACAGGACAAGCUGCGAUACAAGUGGCACAGUACUGCGGAGCUGAGAUCUACACCACUGUUGGCUCAUCAAGCAAGAAACGCCUGUUGAUGGAAAUGUAUGGAAUCCCGGAAGACCAUAUUUUCAACAGCAGGGAUCUCUCUUUCGUAGCAGAAAUCAAACGUUCAACACAGAAUAGAGGUGUUGACGUUGUGCUAAACUCACUCGCUGGUGAUGCUCUGGUCGCUUCCUGGGAGUGCAUCGCCCCCUUCGGCCGGUUCAUCGAAAUUGGGAAAAAGGACAUCUUCUCUCACAAUAAGCUACCCAUGUUUCAAUUCGCGCGAAAUGUGUCUUUCAGCGCUAUCGAUCUCGCUUCUAUGGCGCAGGAGAGACCCGACCUCAUACAGAGUGGACUUCUCGGCAUCACUAAUCUUUUUAGACGCAAAAUCCUACGGAUGCCGUCGCCCAUGAAGUCGUUCCCUAUUUCCGAUGUGGAAGGGGCUUUCAGGUACUUACAGAGUGGCAUGAACCCUGGAAAAGUAGUGCUCGAGAUUGAUCAGGAGGCUAUUGUUCCGGCAAUGGUCAAAACUCGAUCAGAUUGGAACUUUAGCCCCGAAGAAACCUUCAUUCUCGGUGGUGGUCUUGGAGCCCAGGGCCAGAUGAUAUCCGAGUGGAUGGUUUCCAAGGGGGCUCGAUACCUAGUUCUACUUUCUAGGCGCGGUAUCAACAAUAAUGCCGUUUUAGAAUCCUUUGUUAGCAAGCUACAAAGUACCGGCGCAGUCGUAUACUGCCCGAAGUGCGACGUUUCGGACCCCGAAUCUCUUGCUGCAGUGGUGAAAUACUGUAGAACGAACAUGCCUCCCAUCAAAGGAUGUAUUCAAGCCGCAAUGGAGCUCAGAGACUCCGUUUUCGAGAAUAUAGAUCACGCUGCAUGGUCCGCCUGUCUAAGGCCUAAAGUCGAUGGUUCAUGGAACCUACACGAGCAGCUACCACGUGAUUUAGACUUUUUUAUCCUAUUCUCAUCGAUAGCCGGUGUAGUGGGCUCACAAGGUCAAGCCAACUAUGCGGCCGGGAACACCUUUCAGGAUGAGCUGGCCAAGUACCGACUCAGCCGUGGUGAAAAGGCGAUAUCUCUGAACCUUAGCAUGAUAGCAGAUCAUGGGUAUGCUCUCGAGCACGAAGAAGCCGCUCGGCGAUUCGCAAAGAGCCGUUUUGUCCUAGAAAUGACACAGCCUGAGGUUUUAGCUAUGCUAGAGCAUUACUGCGAUAAACGUCUACAGCUUGACCCGGCUCACUCACAAAUUGCCAAUGGUCUCGAACUCCCAGAAGAUAUCAGCAACCGAGGCAUGGAUAUUAUGGGUUGGAUGCAUGAACCCAUUUUCACCAUCCUUCACCAGAUGGGUUCAUCUGUAGGUAUGGCUAACAAUAGCAUUGACUCAAAGGACAAAGGCCCUAGUCUGAUAAAGCAGCUGGAAGAGGCUCCAUCAAUAGCGGAAGCUGCGGACGUUGUGGCAAAUGGAAUAGCGGCCAAGCUAUGCAAAGCGCUUUCCAUAUCACCGGACUCUUUUGAUAUAUCCCAGCCUUUACAUAUUUAUGGAGUGGAUUCUCUCAUCGCCGUCGAGAUGCGGAACUGGUUUAUGCAGGUCCUAAGAGCCGAUGUGGCUGUCUUUGAAAUUUUAGGCGGUGCCACUGCUAGCACGCUGGGACGCGCAGUGGCGGAAAAGGUGCGAGCCGUCGUAUAA